AUGCAGUGUCGGGCCUUGUGUAGGCGUUUGCUGGGCUUCCCCAAGCGAGGAGGUUUGUGGCGAAGCGUGCGGAGCGGCAAGGUUGCCGAUGGCAUGAGGACAUCAAACCCUCAGUGCUCAGCCCGACACGCGACGACGUCCUCGCUCACCUUCAACUCUGCUGCUGCAUCCUUUACCACCACAAGCCAGGCCCCAUUCCUUCAUGACGCUUUUGUUUCGCGAUUCUCAGCUCAGCUUCUCUCAAGUCCGCAUCGUGACAUCACUCACGUCCCGUACGGAGACUGGUUCGCACUUUACGUUCAAGCGCGCAAGCACUGGCACUCGCUCGAGCCGGCACCUGCCUGCGCCACGUCUGCUACCCGUGAGGAAAGCACGAUGGGGGAGAGUUCAGAACAAGCUGAGAUACGAGAAGCACGCUCGCAGCAUGCAAAGCAGAGCAUCGAUGCACUGCUGCUCAGCAGCUUGUUUGCCCGUCACUGGACGGAGGUGCAAACAGCCACAACGUCGUCAUCUCCGCUUCCGACAUAUCGCUGGUGGUGGCAUCGCGACUCCCUCUUCUCCGCUGCCGCCCCGGCAAAUGCUCCAGAGUGUGAGGCCGCUUCGCCACCCCUGGAGCUAUGCACACCAGAAUUUUUGACGGAGCCGCUGUUGGGUGGAAAUCACUUGCGCCUGUGGAUGGAGGAAAUUCGCGCCUCCUCUGGUACGACGGACGUCACCCGCGCAGCCCACGACGCCACAGCAGUGCCGACGGCUAUUCUCCCAUUCUCCUCUUUGUGGGUGGUGAAGCAAAGUGCGUACUGGCGGCCAUCAGCAGCAGCUGGCGCCGGUGCUGGUGACCACAGUGGGGCGGGCAGCAGCGGUAAUGAAACAGUCGCCUUCACCCUUCAGGAGCGACAGGCCCGCCAAGCACUUCUGCAGUCGGUGGACCAGCUCCUUCAACUGCAGCGCGAUGCGGUGGAACGUUGCAACGGCACGUUGUGUCUUCCUGCGAAUCAGCUGCAACACGUGUGCGUUCUCUCGCCUACCCAAGAGUGGGACCUCUUGUGCGAUCUCCCUCGCUACCGGCAGGCGCGGUACCGGCCAGCUCGCGAAGCAUCAUCCGCAAGCACGAACGUAUCGGAUCACUCGACAGCGUCAUGUGUAUUACCGCCUCGGUGGCUGUCAUUGGGCUGCUUGUGUGAAGACACCACCGCACGACUCGCCUACUGUACGCACAUGUUGAACUGGCGACGGCAGCUGAAAUCGGGCACGAACGCGUCAGCAAGCAAGACCGCCCCAGUCGCUGUCCGGGUUCUCUCACCUACAACUGAGCAUGCUCGCCUCCGCAGUCUUUCGGUCUCCUCGCUGCACGAGCAGUCGUGCAUGAAAGCCUCACUGCAACGGCGACACGCUGCGCGUUGCCAGUCCCCAUCUGCGGUCUCUGGGGCAUCCUCAGCAGCGACCGUUCACGAGCAGGCGCGCAAAGGCUGCAGUGACGCGGUGCGGCGGAUGUCGCAUCGAGAAGAGAACAUCCGUCAGUCCUUUUCGGUUCGCUGA